UCUAACACAAAUUACAUUUUGUUUUAAACAAUUGAAAAUACACGUAAAAACACAAAAACAACGUUGCGGCAUUUGCGAAUUAAUAUAUAUUUAGUCCUUCCCGUUCGGCGCCAUGUGCUAGCUGCAAGAACAGGGCCCGUUUACGCGUUUGAGAGCUCGUUUUCGGAUUUGCCUGCGCUGCGCGACCCAAAACAAGAAAAAUUCGCACGCCGUUGCAACGAAUUUGCAAUGCGCUGCCGUUGAAAAUCGAAAGGUAUAAAACAGAUUCCCCGACCCAUGCGAUAAUUAACACACUUAGCCGUUGAAUUGCCAAAUUAAAAUUGUUUAAACAAAAGCCACAAACGACUGGCCAUGGAGAAGAGGGAAAAUAACGAAGUGAGCAGGACGUUCCGGAGUCGCAAAUACCUCGUGCUUUUGGCGUAGCGUGCAAAGCAACGCGCUGUCAUCUGGCCGAUAGGUUGUGUGUUAUCGGCUGCUGCCCUGUUAUCGCGUUAUCGCGCAAGGACCACGAGAGCGGCGGAAAACCUUUUGCCUUUUCCGAGUGGGUUGGUGUGUGGGUGGUGUGAAAAAAGUGCGUGCGGUCUUGUUUAUGGGCGAAAAAGAGCAGCGGCUGUCCGGCCGGAGUUAGCAAGUCCUGUGCAGAAUCCUUCCCAGCGAGAUUAGGUCACCUUUUCCUCCGGCUGCUCCGCUCCUUAAAAUCCAGCUGUCGGUUUUUCUUUUAAACAUUCCACAUUGGGCCGAAAGGACUGCUAGGGACGAAAACCCAUGAUCAGGGUGAGAUAUAGAAGCGCCACGAGAUAGCCGCCGCUGAGAGAGAUGGCCAAUAACAAUCAUCCGCAUCCCGGGCAUCUCAGCCAGGCGGCCCAGAACGCCUCCUGGAAUCCCCUGCAAAUUCCGUCGUACAUACCCCGGCAGCCGCAGUUGGCGCACAUGUCCAAUGAGCGGCCCGGAAUGGUGCGAUCCCCGCUGGCCUGGCACGUCUCCGGUUCCGUUUCCGCCCAGCCGCCGCCGCCGCCUGAUGCCAUUUACAAUUUCAUGUCGGCCAACCACAAAAACCUGGACCACCACCAUCAGAUGAAUCCUCUGCUGGCACCGCCCUACUCUGGAACUUUGCCAUUCAACUCUAUGGAUCUGUCUUUGCAGUCCGCCCGCAGUGCGGCUCAGCCGCUGGCCAAGCAGUCGCCGAACCAGCAGGCACAGCAGUCUCAGCAGCAGCAGCAAUCCCUAAUGCACGCCCCCAAUUAUCCUUCAAUUCAAAAUCUCACGACCAAUGCCACGCAGCAACAGCAACAGGGACAUCUGGCAGCCAUGGCAGCCGCUCAUGCUAGUUUGCUGCAGUCCAGCCUGGGAACCUCCUCGGGAAAUCUCAGCAAUGGUGACUGCGAGUCCUUGCUACCGCCACCGCCGCCUACAACUGUCUCUGGGAACAGCAAUCACGCAGGAAGCAACAGCAGCAGCAAUAGUGGGAGUAACAAUCACAUAACCAGCCCGCACUACAUGCAAACUCGCGAUGAGAACUUCAAGCUGGCGCAAUUAAAGCGCAGUUUCGACCACGAGCUCUCGGGAAAAAGUCUGCCGAAGGACAAGGAUUUUGGAUACCCGUCAGCGGGAUCAGCUGGCAAACUGCCCACGCACAAUGUACAGCAGCAACAUGCCAACAAGAAACCCUCACCUCUGCGAAACUAUCACCAAGCGCAGCAGCCGCCUUACAACUUAACACCCAAAUACAAUGGACCACAAACGCCGCCUACGCCUCAAUCUCCGCUGGCUGCGCCACCUCAUCAAAUGCAAUCACCCACCAUGGACUACAAUCAGCUGCACCUGCACCAUCAGCUCAAUAGCUCGGGAGGAGGUAGCUACCAGCACAUGCAGCAGGACCAGACGCAAUCACAAUCACACCCCCAGCACUUGCACUACCACAAUCAGCAUGUAGCCAGCCAAACUGCUCCACCUCCGCUCCUGCCACCUCACUUGACCAGCGGCCCGUUCCAUGGGCAACCACAGGAUGCGGCCCAGCAGCAGCUGUCAUCCUCAAGUCAACAACAGACGCAUCAUUCCCGUAACGCGCAAUUGACGAAUCUCGAUCUGGGGAUUAAGCUCAAAUCAGACUCGUCGGAGGAGCAGCCUGUUAUAACUGAUCUGUCCUAUCGCAACUCGGAAGCAGACAAACCUGCAGCCAACCCAUUGCCAGAUGCCCCCGAGUCGCCCUACCUGACCACCUCCAAUGAGGAGUCGCUGGAGUCCAAUAGCAACAGUAGCAAUAGUCGAAAGCGGCGCAAACGAAAAGCCAGUAUGGUAAUGAGAGUUACCCCGAACGAAAAUGCGCCUGAGGGAGGAAUCAUCAAGCCGCAACAUCAUCAACAACAACAACAACAGCAGCCGGUGCACCAUAAUAAUACCUGCAGUCCUAAACGGUCUCCCAAGAAUGGGGGCAGUGAUUUUCAGCCAUUCAGUUUGCAAACCCAAUCGCAAACGCAGAAUGAGAAGGCGCCACAAGAGAAUGGCCGCCCAGGAUCACCGGCUCCGGCGGAGAACAGUAGUAACAGCAAUAGCUCCACGCUUUACCACGACAACGACAACCCCAAGACCAAGAAACAGCGGCAGGCCCUGCUGCAGCGGAAUCUCACCGAACAGCACCGUCUGCAGCAGGAGGAUGAGCCUCCCAAAAAGCACACACCACCCACAAUGCCGCCACCCAGUCCGCAGAGCAACAGCAGUAGCAGUAGCUCGAGUAGCUCCAGCGCCAACACGCACAGCAGCCACAGCAGUCAUGCAGUUAAUGAUAACCGAAGGGAUCCGAAGCCUGAGAUCAACAAUAAGGCCACCACGGACACACCUGCAUCUCCUGCCCUCGUCGAGCAAGGCGAUAUCGAUGCCAAGCCGGCAGUAAGUGUGCACGAAUGCGAUGAGGAGGAAGACCCAGCCACGAAUAAAGAAUCACCCGGACUUCCUGCUCCGCUUCCUACUCCAGCUGUUGCAGCUCCUCCAGUGACCGAAUCGCCUAAGAAACCCUCACCCGCUGCGAACUCUGAGCCCUGCCCUUUUGGAGAAGUGGAGGAUAAGCUCGAGGAAAUGUUUGCCGGCAUUGAAGAGGAGACGGAAAGGAUAUGCAGCCCGGAGAAACCAGCGGGGGAGACGGAAGAGUUGGUAACACACGAUUUGACCGCCCAGCUGGCUCUGGACAGCGCCAAACCAGACGAGGCGCCAGCGGAAAAGAUGGAAACUUCUGUGCUAGCAGUUCUGGCACAAGCACCAGCACCUGCUCCCGAAAUUCGACCCGUGGCUACUAAGGCGGCAAUGAAGUCCACGCUUCCCAGUCCCGUGCACAGUCCCACGCCUCAAUCUCGCUCCACGUCGACGCCCUUGGCUGCAGUGGAUGACAGUAAGCCCAACACCCCUGUUCCACCUAAAACACCCGCAGCCAGGAGACCGCCACCUCGUAGACUUUCAAUGGGCAUGGAUGCCUCACUGCUGCGUUUUAUGAUCGACGACCCGCCUGCCAAAAAGCCAGGUCGCAAGAAGAAGGUGAUCCCAGAGCUGGAACUUGAAGACGAUGACAAGCCAAGCACCUCGGCGGCAGCUGCCGCGGCCUUGGCAGCCCGCCAACUAAGCGAAGCUGCCGCUAGUGCUCCUAAGGGAAAAGCUGCCGGAGCCAAGAAAAAGAAUGCCAUGGGGAAGGGCAAGAAGGUACCAGCGGGGAAGGCUAAGAAUGCCAAGCAAAAUGGAAAGAAGCAGGGACGGAAGCCCGCCUUUACCACCGAUGAGGACAGCACACCAGCGCCCACAAACGGAGGAGGAGCAGUCCCUGAGUUAAGGUUCAAAUCUCCCUUCAUACUCAUCAAACCGGACGGAAGCGUGAGCAUCAAGAACACCCACAGUGCCGAGGACGUAAACGAGAAGCAGACGAAGGCUAAGAAGGCGCCGCACGAGCGAAAAAAUUUAAGGGGGAUGCACAGCUCUACGCUGAGCAAUCGCUAUGAUGCGGAUACCACCGACUCCACCUGGAUAUGUGUGUUCUGCAAGCGCGGUCCUCAUAAACUCGGACUGGGUGACCUCUUUGGUCCGUAUCUGGUGACUAGCGACUGUGACGAGUAUCGUGCGGCUUUGCAAGCUCCCGGAGUACAGGACAUUGAUGGGCUGUUUGUCAACAAACGACGGCGCGAGGACAUGGUAAAGCUGCAUGAGCGGAAUCUGCCUGUGGUGCCAGCCACGCUGGCCCACAUUAUGCAGGCACCUAAGAUUAGCAUGCACAAACGAAAGCGCAAGCAGACGCACGAUAGCUCGAUAUCCUACAGCGAUGACCCCAAUGAGUCACGUUCGCAAUGCUCAUCGGUGGACCCGCUGGACUGCAGUCACGAAUCCAAGUUUGUUGAGACGUUCCGCGGCAUGGGCAAGACAUCGGAGCACGGCUUCGAAGUUUGGCUGCACGAGGACUGCGCCGUGUGGAGCAACGACAUCCAGCUAAUCGGCGCCCACGUCAACGGACUGGAUGCGGCUGUGUGGGACAGCACGAGGUACCAGUGUAUGGUUUGCCAACAGACGGGGGCUAGUAUAUGUUGCUUCCACCGAAGUUGCAAGGCACCUGCUCAUGUGCCGUGUGCACGAUCCGCGAAGUGGAGCCUAAGUGAGGACGAUCGCAAGGUAUUCUGCCAGCUGCAUAAAGACGAGUCUGAUGUCGUGGAGCCCAUGAAAACGGAACCACUGGCGCCAGAGGCAGCUGCAGCAGCUCCUGCUCCUGCACCCGCUCCCCCGCCCCCGUUCAACAUUCAUUCGCUUCCCUGAGUACGCGUGCGCGUCCAGAAAUGCCGCCUGGUCGCCAAGCGUUGAGCGUUGAAGGCACGAUCCCCAGACUCCCGACUCCGAAUCCAAAACCCAACCGAAUCCGCAGCUCACUGCACAUUUUACUUAAGCUUUGUACAUAAGUUUCGGACUGCCGUCGUAGCCAGGAGGCAUUUCGUAAUCCGUGAAGUGAUUUUGUAUAAAUCCGCUGUACAUUUUAAGGCUUGACGCACCGCACGACGAUAUCAGAGCGUUCGCCACGUUAUAGUUAGGUUUCCCAACUGCAUCCUUAGUUGUUUAUGUUUAAGUGAAUGCCUAAAUUAUUAUUUCGCCUAGUACUAUGCACUUUACAUUAGUACCUUUUAGUUCUAACUAAUUUAAAGCCUCCAACCCAUGUCCAUUGCCCACCCAUCUGCAUCACAUACGCCAAUUGAUAAUUGAUAAUUCGGUUUAGUUGAAUUCAGUCCGUUUUGUAUAAACGAAUACUCCAUGCCAUACCGAUAACCAACUGAGUAAUCAAGAUAACUGAAGUAGCUAUGGGAGAUUCCAAUUGAUAUAUGCGAUGUGAAGUUGCAGUAAAGUUACGUAUAAAUAGAAAAUGUAUGACACCAAGUAAGCGAGAACAUUCGAAGCCCAAUUACAAAAUGGAAUAUUGUAAAACAAUAUAAUAUGCAUAUAAUAAUAUUAGAAAUGUUAAUUUAAGCGAAAAGUUAAAGCCAGCAAAAUGAAACCUUGUAUUGUAUUCGUAUUCGGUAAGGUCUGUACGUAUUGCUGAUAAUUUUAAAACUCUAAAAAGGUAUAAACAAUAAAAACUUAAUCUCACAAGCAACAGGAGUAGGGCGAACUCGUACCGGGUUUUUGUAAAUUUUUCGUUUUAUUUAUCAAUAAAUAUGCAAAAAUAUACACACACAUA